GAGGCCGGGUCCUCGAGUCCGGCCUCGCCCCCCGCCGACGGCCGCCUCAAGGCAGCGGCCAAGCGCGUCACGUUCCCGUCGGACGAGGAUAUUGUGUCCGGAGCUGUGGAGCCCAAAGACCCCUGGAGACACGCCCAGAACGUGACCGUGGAUGAGGUGAUCAGCGCCUACAGACAGGCGUGCCAGAAACUGAACUGCCGGCAGAUCCCCACGCUCCUCCGGCAGCUGCAGGAGUUCACGGACCUCGAGCACCGCAUUGACUGCCUGGACCUGAAAGGGGAGAAGCUGGACUACAAGGCCUGCGAGGCCCUGGAGGAGGUCUUCAAGCGGCUGCAGUUCAAGAUGGUGGACCUGGAGCAGACCAGCCUGGAUGAAGAUGGUGCCUCGGCCCUCUUCGACAUGAUCGAGUAUUAUGAGUCCGCCACACACCUCAACAUCUCCUUCAACAAGCACAUUGGCACCCGGGGCUGGCAGGCUGCCGCCCACAUGAUGCGCAAGACAAGCUGCCUGCAGUACCUGGACGCUCGCAGCACGCCCCUGCUGGACCACUCAGCGCCCUUCGUGGCGCGGGCCCUGCGCAUCCGCAGCAGCCUGGCGGUGCUGCACCUGGAAAACGCCAGCCUGUCGGGGCGGCCCCUCGUGCUGCUUGCCACAGCCCUGAAGAUGAACCUGAACCUGCGGGAGCUCUACCUGGCUGACAACAAGCUGAAUGGCCUGCAGGACUCGGCCCACCUGGGCAACCUGCUCAAGUUCAACUGCUCCCUGCAGACCCUGGACCUGCGCAACAACCACGUGCUCGACUCAGGUCUGGCCUACAUCUGCGAGGGUCUCAAGGAGCAGAGGAAAGGGCUGGCAACCCUGGUGCUGUGGAACAACCAGCUCACGCACACGGGCAUGGCCUUCCUGGGCAUGGCGCUGCCACACACACAGAGUCUGGAGACGCUGAACCUGGGCCACAACCCCAUCGGGAACGAGGGCGUGCGCAACCUCAAGAACGGGCUCAUCGGCAACCGCAGCGUGGUGCGCCUGGGCCUGGCCUCCACCAAGCUCACCUGCGAGGGCGCGGUGGCGGUGGCCGAGUUCAUCGCUGAGUGCCCCCGCCUCCUGAGACUGGACCUGCGGGAGAACGAGAUCAAGACGGGCGGGCUCAUGGCACUGUCGUUGGCCCUCAAGGUGAACCACUCGCUGCUGCGCCUGGACCUCGACCGGGAGCCCAAGAAGGAGGCGGUCAAGAGCUUCAUCGAGACGCAGAAGGCCCUGCUCACUGAGAUCCAGAACGGCUGCAAGCGCAACUUCGUGCUGGCGCGGGAGCGGGAGGAGAAGGAGCAGCAGCUGCAGCUGUCUGCAUCUAUGCCCGAGAUCACCAUCACCCAGCCCCAGCCCCUCGAGGAGUCCAGGGACCCCGCCGCCACCACCACAGGGGCACAUAACGGGGCCACGAGCCCCAGGUCCCUACCCGACUCAGACUCGGACUCAGACUCAGAGGCAGAGGAGGAAGAGGAGGAUGGCGAGGAGGAGGAAGACGACAGGCAGAGGGAAGAGGCCCGCUGUGACCAGAGCCCUUCAGCCCCCUGCCCUGCCCUGGUUCCCCCCACGGACUCCCUGAGCCCCCAGGAGCCGAAGUCCCCAGGCAGCCCCUCCUCGCCCACGGAACAGCGGAUUUCCGUGUCCAGCCCGGGCCGCGGCCACAAAGUGUUUGUGGUGACCCGGGUAGAGAGUCCACCAGAGAGGGCAGAGCCCCCGGUGCCCCCCGCCUGUGCCUCCCUGCCUCCCCCCUCUCCUCCCUCCCCCCCUGUCCUGCCACCAGUGCAGCCCAUCGGCACACAGGACUCAGGGGUACCCGAGCCCCAGCCGGAGGCGCCCCCGUCAGGACCGGCGCUGCCCAACGGCCUGAAGCCCGAGUUUGCCCUGGCGCUGCCCCCAGAGCCACCUCCGGGGUCAGAGGCCAAGGGGGGCAGCUGCGGCCUGGAGCACGAGCUGCGCUGCGCCCAGGACGAGCGGGAGCGGGAGGAGCUGCUGCGGGACGCCAGCCAGGAGGCGGCUCAGCACACACUGUGACACUCGAGGUGGGUGCAGCCCCCCGGGGGCGGGGCGGGCGCAGGAGCCCCCUGCUCUGACGCCCCCUCUUCAUCUCUGUCCCCCAGUUCCUCUUUUUUUUUUUCCGGUCAGUCUUGGACAAGCUGAGGCCAGAGCCAUGAGAACCCGCUCACCCCCCCUCCCAGC